UUUAAAAGAGGGCAGCUAUGGAUGGAGAAGAGAAGUCAUCCUCUGCUCGGCAUUAUCGUGUUGUCUUACUGGGAAAAACAGGAAAUGGGAAAAGUGCUACUGGAAACAACAUCUUGGGAAGAAAAGCUUUCCUUUCAAAGUUAAGCUUUAAAACUGUAACACAAGAAGUUAAAUAUGAAAGCAUCAACAUAGAUGGAGCGAAUCUUACAAUUUAUGACACACCAGGAUUAUUUGACCCUGACAACGAACUGAGCCCUGAAGAGAUGUUAUAUCAGGGGCUUCCAGAGUUAUAUAUGCCAGACCCGCUUGUGAUUCUGCUGGUGAUCAGACCUACAAGAUUCACUCCAGAAGAGAAAAGAACCGUUGAGAUUAUUGAAGAUUAUUUGACGGGCGGGCUCGUAAAAAACACCUGGAUCAUAUUCACUGGAGGAGAUGAGCUGGAGAGAGAAGGUCUCACCAUAGAGGAUUUAAUCGAAGAAUCAGAGGAUCUGAAAAAAGUUGUCCAGAAAUUUGACAACAGAUACUUUGUCUUUAAUAAUGUCACACAACAUCCUGAACAUCAUGAAGUGAAAAAACUGAUUAAAGCCAUUAGAAAUGUUCAACCUCUGAGAUCUCCAGAGAUAGACACUUUUCUACAGAGAAAGUCACCAGCUGAGCAUGAAACCAGCACCAAUAAGAGGAGGUUACUUCUUCUGGGGAAGUCCGGCUCUGGAAAGAGUGCAACAGGGAACACCAUACUGAGACAAAAUCUGUUUAAAUCUGAGCUCAGCUUAAGCUCAGUAACAAAACAGUGUGAAAUGCAUACAUCAGGUGUUUUAGGGAGAGAAGUGUCCAUCGUUGAUACUCCUGGAUUUUCAGAUCUAGCUUCAAAACCUGAAGAUUUAGCCAAAGAAAUGGCAAAUAGUGUUGCCCUCUGCAGUCCAGGGCCUCAUGCCUUCCUGUAUGUGGUGUCACUCACAGGAAAAAUCAAACAGGAAGAUGAAAAUCACAUAAAAAAUAUUGAAAUGAUUUACGGAGAAGACGUAGCAAAGUACAUAAUCCCUGUAUUCACCCACAGCGAUCAGUUAGAGGGAAAGAGUGUGGAAGAUCUCAUCAGAGAGAAUAAAACUCUUAGCAGUUUUGUUCAGCAGUGUGGAGGAAGAUACCACAUCAUGAACAAUAAAGACAUGAGAAACAGAAAACAGGUGACAGACCUACUGCAGAAGAUUGACACAAUGACCGAGCAGAACGGAGGAGGACACUACAGUAACCAGAUGCUUGAAGAUGCUCAGAGAUUCAGACGAGAGGAAGAAGAGAGACAGAGAGAGAGAGAAGAGAGGAGACCGAGAGAUGAUCUACAUACUGAACCUGUGCUGGGAGCAAAGGAAAGCUGGACUCGGAGAGCAUGGAAGAAUACUAAAGAAUUUGUAUACAAGAAAUUCUUUAGGCAUUUUAUUACUGCAGCUCAAAUG